AUGUUGAUAUCACUUCUGAGAUUAAAGAAAAUCGAAGAAAGAAGAGGAAAUCAAGCAAAAAAAGAAAAGGAAUUGAAAAAAGAAAAAGAAAUUGAAGAAGAGGAAAUCAAAAAAAAAUAA